AUGGUGGCUAUUGGCGAGUGGUUGACCGGAUUCAUGAUGUUUUGGCGUCUGAAUGCCCUUUGGAAGGAUCGCCCGUUCGUCGUAUAUCUUAAUGGGGCGAUCCUCAUGACGUGGAUCGCUAUCACGUCCGUAGCGAUCUCUCGAGGUUUUCCGGUUCCACAUACACCAGCGGUGCACGCGUGUACUGGGCUAGCUCGCGACAUUCUCCCUGGGCUCGGACUGGCAAGUCUCGUACUAAACAUGGUUUAUGACACCACGGUUCUCGGAUUCAUUCUUGUCAAGACUCUUUCGUUCAGGCCACAUAGUAACGCAAACACUAUUUCGCGAACGCUCGCAGCGGAUGGGCUCCUUUACUACGUUGUCGUGCUUGUUAUCAAUAUUAUAUGGACUGUGAUGCUUCUGGAAGCGCCCAAUGGCCUGAAAGAAGCUUCUGCACCGCUCAAGCUUCUCCUGACCAUCGCGAUGGGGUCACGUAUAACGCUCAACCUACCCAAAGAGCACCGCAAGAUAACCUAUCAGGGUUCGCGACAGCCAUCACGAUGGGAGAACGCACCGUCAUUACAACUACCGGCGGUUGCUCUUGAAUCAUUGCCUCGUAAUGAUCUCACCUUGUCGCACUACAGCUCUUUGCCCUCUGAGGCGCUUUGA